CAUUCCUCUACGACUUCCUUUUCCUCCAUCUUUGUCAACUAUACAGGUUUUUCUGAGCCUGGACAUUAGACGAUCACAAUGCCUGGAAGACUGUGGAGCAAGGCCAUCUUCACGGGCUACAAGCGUGGUCUGAGGAACCAGCGUGAACACACUGCCCUGCUGAAGGUGGAGGGUGUGUACACUCGCGAGGAGACCGAGUUCUACCUGGGCAAGCGCUGCGCCUAUGUCUACAAAGCAAAGAAAAAUACAGUGACUCCUGGUGGCAAACCAAACAAGACAAGAGUCAUCUGGGGCAAAGUCACACGUGCCCAUGGCAACAGCGGGAUGGUGCGUGCCAAGUUCAGCAGCAACCUGCCUGCCAAGGCCAUAGGGCACAGGGUUCGAGUGAUGCUGUACCCAUCACGUGUGUGAUUUGCCAUUGUGUACAUACAAUAAAGAGUCUGGUCCAAG